CGAUGAGUCUAUCUAAUACUUCCAAGGAUCCACGGGAAUACCAAAGUGAGAUCUUAUGACGUUGUCUAAUGAUAAAGCCGGAGUUAUCUAUUAGAUGAAUAAUUGAUAAGACCGAUGUGAUGACGUCGGUGUUCCUCUCAUUGACAUGUGUGUAAAACGGUAUCCGAGGAUGGUAGGAUAUCCAACAACGAGCACAUGAUACCACAUAACUGUCAUAGCGUGGCGGGAAACGCGCAUAUUUGUUGACAAAGCACGAAGAAAGAAAGAGAAGGAAAUAUAACAGGUAGCUUAAUUUGUGAUAUCCACGUUUCCUAUAAAAUCCAGACUAUGGGCCUAUCUGGAUACAGUUCAAGAAGACAGAACACCAAGCCUGAGAAGUAAUAGUGUAAGAAACUAGCAGACGCAUCUUAAUUUAUGCCUGUCUAUUACAAAAAAAGGAAUUCCUAAUUUUAUUAAUACUUUAUGUAAGAUAUAAAUAUGUAUCAUACAUGCGAGGAGCUUUAUAAAAUUAGCGUAACUAACUGAUGGCUUAACAACAAUUAACCGAGCUUUUUCUAAUACGAUGCACGAGAAUAAUGAUACAAAUGAUGCGAGAGAAUACAACGCAACAGAUGCCACCGAGUCUAUUAUGUACACUGUACUGGUGAAUGAUCUUGCGACAGUUCCCACAAGCAUGCCAAGUACAAUCUACAACGACAACGUGUCCACGACGGCGUACAUAGAGUUGCCACAAGACAACGAGAAUAAUCAACGAUUGUGGAAUAUAUCCAAAACCGCGAUAACUUCACUGUCUGAACCUACAGCGAUAUCAUUUAACACUUCAAGAAACACUAUGAUAUACACACCGACAACCGAAUCGUUCGAUGAAUUUGGUCCACCAGAAGGAGUAGAAUAUAUUUUUGUACCACUCAGUGUAGUGGUUUCUGUUAUUAUACUAUCAGCUGUGGUAUGGGUACUAAUUAUAUCGAGAAAACGCAAGUUGGAGCGUUUAAGACACAGACUCAUGCCAAUGUACAACUUUGAUCCUGGAGAAGAGGAGGAGGAUGACUGGGAGACCGAACUGUUAGACGAGUGCUAUAAUACACAUCAGAGACGAGUGUAUUGUAUCGUCUCCGAUAAGAUGAACGAAGAGCGCCAACUAAUAUAAGGAGUUCUGAGUCAUCUGUGUAUACAUGUGUAUAUGCUGUGCAGCUAGUGUGAAAAUAAUUACUUGCUAUACUAAUAAUUAUUUGACGUUAUCCAUCAAAUGAAUUCCUUGUGAAUAUGUCCUUUGUACUUACGGUUAAUCCUUUAACUCGCAAAAUCUCUUAGUGCCAUAUAUUAGCAAAAUAAAUAAAUU